GCUUAAGUAUAGAUCGAAUUGUAGUUCAUUGACAAAAGAUUCAUUAUUUCAGAUCAAUUUGAUGUACAAUAUAUGAGGCUUACAAAUUAAAGAGCGGAGGGUACGUUUUUUUUACUUUAUGAUCACAAUCCACCAAGAUCUAGAAAAUCAGGCUUCUUGGUGCAGUGGGGACAAGCAAAUGAAGCAAUGCAUUCUCAAGUUCUCUGGGUAAACCCCUGCUAAUAGUGAUAAUAUGCAGUCUGUGAAAGUUGAAUCACAAGGUAGUGUAUUAUGCCCAUUGCUUGGAAGUCCAAAUCUUCCUCAGUCAUGUUGAAGAGUUUGUCGAAUGAUUUCAUUAGUGAGAUAUAAAAGAGGCACAACAAAGCCUUUCUAACCAGCUGUAUACAUAGCAAAAUGACCGUGAUUAACUGCUGAAGAGGAAGUAAAGCAGCUACCUGCAUCAUCUUGUAGUCUUGGGAACAAAAUUCUCUCUUUGGAUGACAGCAAAUUUCUAUCUUGUUUUUGCUUGCUCGACAAGUGAUUUGAAACUGAUCAUGUUAUUAGCUCAAAAAACAAAGGGAGAUCUAAUGGAGAGAUAUACAAAUUAUAUAGACACCUUGGAUCUUGAAGUGUCCUAUCAUGCCUACCUAGAUUUUCCUCUCAUCCUAAUCCCUCUUAGCCACUUAUUCCACCUCCUAAAAGAUCUAUAUAAACACACAUAUCCUCAGGUUUUAUUCACCACACUCAACUACAUCAUCCUCCAUAAACACCUUUUUUCUGCCUCCUUCAACUUAAGCUGAAUUUCAUCCUCCACAACCCAGAAUCUGAACAUGGCUAUUAGUAUGGGGCACAUUCUCCGUGGUAAACAAGGCUUAAGAAGGUCUUCUUCAAGAACAAAAAGAGAAAGUGAGGUUCCUAAGGGCCACUUUGCAGUUUAUGUUGGCGAGGGCGAAAAGAAGAGAUUUGUCAUUCCGAUUUCAUAUUUGAAGGACCAUUCGUUCCAAAACUUGCUUAGUCAAUCCGAAGAAGAAUUCGGGUUUGAUCAUCCGAUGGGUGGACUUACAAUUCCUUGUCCGGAGGACACUUUCCUUGACAUCAUCUCUAGUCUUGAGUAGAUACUGAUAGUCAUUCUGAACAAUUAGUAUAGAGAUUACACACAGCUUAGUUUCUUAUUCUGAAAUUUUUUGUACCUAAAAGUGUACUUGUACAAUGUUCUUUUUUUUUCCUAAUCGAAUUGGGAAAUAAUCUUCAUCAAAAUAUUUUCAAUAGCCAAGUAUCGUUUUACUUAUCUUGAUUCCUUCAAGUUUUAGCUAAGGAAGUCCAAUUUUUCAAGUUUCUAUUGACAGUGGGAUUUCUCAUAGUAAAACACAUUUUCAGUA